AUGAAGCAUAACGAAGCCGCUUCUGAUGAUACAACAACAGAAGGUUUCUUCCAAUUCCACACAAACCGAACUCACAAGCUAUCGCCACACAAAUUCAGUGGAUUUUCCGAGAGUUCAUUCUCAUUUCCCGCUAUUUCUAAUGACAUCAUAUCAAAAGGGACGUGUUCUUUCGAUGACUCAUCUUCAGUUGUUGACGCCUCAGACAUGUCUAAAUCAGCUAGUUCAUCUAGUAAUAAACAUCAUUUGUAUAAUACUCAUGCAUGGUUUCAAAAUGAUAGUGCAGAUUCUUCUCAGAAUAUGGUGGUAAACACAACUACUCAAUGUGUUAGGAGAAGUAGUAAAUCAGAAGUAACCCAAAUCCAUAUCUAA